AUGACGACGCCCGAGUAUAGAGCGCUGGAACAGCUCCGAACACGACUUCAACAGCUUUCUGCGUCAAUCCAUCUCUUCCGCCACGAACUGGAGGCAUCGCAGCCGCUACCGCCGUGGCCUGCCUGUCAGACAGCCAGUAGCAACCUCGCCGGCACACUGCAAAAUACUGCACAAGUUCUAGCCUCAAAUCGCUCUCUUUUCAGCUCUGCUCAUGCAUACCCAAACGCCUCUUUCCCCGGCCUCACUCAAGAGGCAUUACUACAGCAAUUACUGCGGAAGAAAAUGGAUCCCAAAGCUGAGGAUUGGAUGGACCGAGAAUUGGACAAGCAGCCGGACAAUGUUGAGGAUCGUGGGGAAUUGUGGCAGUGGGCUGGUGGGGUUGUCAAGGAAAUGCGCACGGACUUGGAGGGAGGUCUAUGGGAAGAUUACUUUACGACCGAGGAGCACAAAUCAGGCGUCAAAGAGGUUCGAACGGGGAUACGGCGGACGUUGUGGGGCGAUAAUGAUGAUGGUGACGAGGACGCCGAGGACGAUGAUGGAGAAGGCGGCGAGGACGAGGAUGGUGACAAGACUAUGAAAGAGGAUGGCGCGGUGGGAUCAGGACGGACGGUCGAAUCCGCAGUGAAGAAAGCGAUUGUACCGCCCAUUCCGUUAGAGAGCCUGCUGCGAUUCUCCGURGGUGGCUUGUCACUCCCGACGAGAGCGAAAGGCCGAGAUGUGGCAGGUUGA